AUGCUUCUCCCACGCCGAGCAGUCAUCUUCCUCGGCGCCUGCUUCUUCCUCGUCUUGUUCCUCACAUCCCGGAGCCUCUCACGACCAUGGCGUGACGUACCCCAAGUCGUCGGCCUAGGGGACCUAGUCUCAUCAUCCAAUGCAACAGAAACGUGGAACACAACCCGAAGCCACACAAACAAUGACCUCUACGCCCCGCCGCCGGACUUCAUCCGCGGGACCCCCAAGCCCCCGGGCUACAAAUACUCCAAGACCUUGGUCGUGACCCGGACCAAGGGGGAAGAUACCAGCUGGAUCGCUCAGGAACUGCCAGAUUGGGAACAUGCCAUCUAUGUUGCAGAUGACCCCACAGCACCACUCCACCCGCCCAAGAACAAAGGCCACGAGGUCAUGAUUUACCUCACUUACCUCAUUGACCACUACGACAAACUCCCAGAUGUGGCGGUGUUCAUGCACUCGCAUCAAUUCGCCUGGCACAACGAUAAUCUGUUCGCCGGAGAUGCGGCGCAGCUGCUCCGCCGCCUCAAUCUAAACCGUGUCGUCCGCGAAGGCUACAUGAAUACUCGUUGCGGGUUCGGCCCGGGUUGUCCAGCCUGGAUGCACCCCGGCGCGGUCGAAGAAGAUGAGUCCAAGCAGGAGGAAAUCAUGCUGGCCCGUGCCUGGGGGGAGUUAUUCCCUGACCAGCCGAUCCCGUCUGUCCUGUCGCAGCCGUGCUGUGCGCAGUUCGCCCUGUCGCGCGAUCGCAUUCGUUCUAUUCCGCGGGCCCGGUUUGUGUUCUAUCGUGAUUGGCUGCUGUCAACGGAUCUGAGUGAUUAUAUUGCCGGUCGCAUCUGGGAGUAUCUGUGGCAAUUUAUCUUCACGGGUGAACCUGUUCUCUGCGUUGAUGAGAAUGUGUGUCUGUGUGACGGGUAUGGAUUUUGUUUUGGCGGAAGCGAGGAGUUCAAUGCUUACCGAGAAGUUGAAACGAAGAAGAACGAGAUCCAACACGAAUUGGAUAAUUGGAUGUGGUUGUCUGACGGCAUUGGCUUUGAUGACUCUAUUGGACCGGAUGAUAUUGAUAGUGAGGGUGGUAAUAUCCUUUUCAAUCAACUUCAAGAGAAGCAGCACGAGGUUGUUGAAAUUCUUGCUGCUGCUAUGGAACGUGGCAAGAAUCCCCAGUACCGUGCCCAGGAGGCCGGUCGUCCUUGGAAGGAGGGUGAUGGGUUCUAA